UCGGCCGCUAUUUUGUACUGCUACUACCCGUCUUCCCUCUCGCGUCGUUCGCUUUUCCCCUGUUAUGAGUCGAAGGCAAGUCUUUGGGAUAAAUAUGUCCAAAGUAUUCCUCGCACCGCGUUCCUUUGUCCUCACGCUUUCUUCUUCCUCCUCCUCUUCUGGAUCCUCUUCUUUAGAGCUUUCGAAGAACUCGUGAUCUUUCACCUCCGAUCGACCAGAAAAAAGGCGUCUACUUUCGUGUUCUUGGGGUCUGACCUUGGCGGGAGAGAUAAUGGAGAAGUACGAGCUGGUGAAGGAUAUCGGGUCGGGCAACUUCGGCGUGGCGCGGUUGAUGAGGGACAAGGUGACGGGAGAGCUCGUCGCCAUGAAGUACAUCCCCAGAGGCCAAAAGAUCAACGAGAACGUCGCGAGAGAGAUCAUUAACCAGCGGUCGCUUUGCCAUCCCAAUAUCAUCCGAUUCAAAGAGGUCGUGCUGACGCCCACGCAUCUGGCGAUCGUGAUGGAGUACGCCGCCGGCGGAGAGCUCUUCGAGCGCAUCUGUCACGCGGGAAGAUUCAGCGAAGAUGAGGCAAGAUAUUUCUUUCAGCAGCUCAUCUCCGGCGUCAGCUACUGCCAUUACAUGCAAAUCUGCCACCGCGAUCUGAAACUGGAGAACACGUUGCUCGAUGGCAGCCCGGCGCCGCGCCUCAAGAUCUGCGACUUCGGUUACUCCAAGUCGUCGUUGCUCCACUCUCGCCCCAAGUCCACGGUGGGUACGCCGGCAUACAUCGCCCCCGAGGUGCUCUCCCGGCGUGAGUACGACGGCAAGAUGGCUGAUGUGUGGUCAUGUGGAGUAACAUUGUAUGUGAUGCUGGUGGGAGCGUACCCAUUUGAAGACCCGGACGACCCCAAGAAUUUUAGGAAGACCAUGGCGUUGGACUGUCUUCUUCGAUUGCAGAGGAUAGUUUCAGUGCAGUACAGAAUACCCGAGUACGUUCAUAUUUCCCAGGAUUGCAGACAACUGAUAUCCAGGAUCUUUGUUGCUGACCCAUCAAAGAGGAUUACUGUGAGGGAGAUAAGGAACCACCCUUGGUUCUUGAAGAACUUGCCCAGGGGACUAACAGAGGUAGCACAAGCAAUGUACUACAAGAGGGAUGCCAGCGGACUUGCCUACUCUCUUCAAAGCGAGGAGGAGAUAAUGAAGAUUGUUGAGGAGGCAAGGAUCCCGCCGGCGGCGUCAACACCAUCGACGGCAGGCUCGGGUUGGGCCAAGGAAGAUGAGCAGGAGGAGGGCAAGCAAGAGAAAAGGGAGACCGAAGAGGAAGAAGAAGAAGAAGAAGAAGAAGAUGAUGAUGAUGAGUAUGAGUAUGACAUGAGGGUCAAGGAAGUGCAUGCCAGUGGAGAAUUUCCAAUUAUAUGUUUGGAUCAAUGAGAGAAUCUUCGUUGUCUUAUAUGCUGCUAAUUAAUCUUAUUGUACUGUUUAUAUCGAUGAAUGUUGAUAUGUUUGCAACAGAUGAAA